AUGUGCCACGCCAGGGAACAGCUGGGGGACCUCCUCCCGCCCAGCACCCCCUCCCUUCCUUCCCCGCCCGCCCGCCCCCCGCUCCGUCCGGCCCCUACCUGCCUGCCCUGCGACUCCCUGGCCGGCCGGCCCGCGGCGGCGGCGGGGAGAGUGGGCUGGCGGGCCGGCGGGCGGGCGGGCGGUGGGCUACCCGGCCCCGGGCAUGGCGCACCCGACUUGGGCGCCACUCCCUCCCGGGAGGGAGGCGAGGGGAGGAAGGAGCGGCAGCCCGCGGGGCGCGGUGGAGGGAGAUCCCGGCGCUGCCUACGUCCCCCAAGCGCUGCGCCACGCAGGGCACCGUGCUGCCCUGCAGCUCACUCGGGCGUGCGCUCCUCCGGGCUCCCGCUGGCUGGAGGCGGGGUGCUCCUCCGAGUGUCCCGCUUUCGCCGCUUCCCCACACCCCCACGGGGACGGUGGGCGCAGCUGCUCCCCUCCUCCCCCCCUACACGCCCUCCCGGGCCUGUGGCCGUGACCCUGGCGGCGCCUGCCCAGCGCCCGCCCAGCGCCCAUCCAGCGCCCAGCGGCCUGCAGGGCGACCCCUGGCGGCUGGGAGGGCCCCUUGCACCCAAGCAGCUUCUCACCAGCUCAAACGAUGAUGCUGCAGGACACUAA